AUGGAAGAGGAGCUCAAGUGCCCGGUGUGCGGCUCGCUCUUCAGGGAGCCCAUCAUCCUGCCCUGCUCGCACAAUGUCUGCCUGCCCUGCGCCCGCACCAUCGCCGUGCAGACCCCGGAGAGCGAGCAGCACCUGCCGGCCCUGCUCCACCCGCGGGGCACCGCCGCUCCGGCCACGGCCCCGGGGCCGCCCGGGGGCUCCGCCGCCCCCCCGGACCCGGAGUGCGCGGCGGGCGGCGGCGGGGACCACGCGGACAAGCUGAGCCUGCACAGCGAGACCGACAGCGGCUACGGCUCCUACACCCCCAGCCUCAAGUCCCCCAACGGCGUGCGGGUGCUGCCGCUGGUGCCCGCGCCCCCCGGAGGGGCGGCCGGGGCGGCGGCUCCGCGGGGCGCCGGCGCCGGCCCCGGCCCCGCCGGCUUGUCCCUCACCUGCCCGCAGUGCCACCGGAGCGCCUCCCUGGAGCAGCGCGGCCUCCGCGGCUUCCAGCGCAACCGGCUGCUGGAGGCCAUCGUGCAGCGCUACCAGCAGGGCCGCGCCGCCGCCGCCAAGUGCCAGCUGUGCGACCGCAGCCCGGCCGAGCCGGCGGCGGUGCUGUGCGAGCAGUGCGAGGUGCUGUACUGCGCCGCCUGCCAGCUCCGCUGCCACCCGGCCCGCGGGCCCUUCGCCAAGCACCGCCUGGCGCCGCCGCCCGGCCACCCGGGCGCCCCCGGCGGCGACGGGAAGGGGGCGGGCGGCGGGCGCAAGCCGGCGACGUGCGCCGAGCACGACCUGGAGCACUACAGCAUGUACUGCGUGAGCUGCCGCAGCCCCGUCUGCUACCAGUGCCUGGAGGACGGCCGGCACGGCAAGCACGACGUCAAGGCCCUGGGCGCCAUGUGGAAGCAGCACAAGGCACAGCUGUCUCAGGCUUUAAAUGGUGUUUCAGAUAAAGCAAAAGAAGCUAAAGAAUUUUUGGUUCAGCUGAAAAAUUUAUUGCAGCAGAUACAGGAGAAUGGGUUGGAUUACGAAGCCUGUCUCGUUGCUCAGUGUGAUGCCUUGGUCGAUGCGUUAACACGACAAAAGGCCAAACUGCUCACAAAAGUUACCAAAGAACGUGAGCACAAACUAAAAGUUGUUUGGGACCAGAUAAAUCACUGUACGCUGAAGCUACGUCAGUCAACAGGGCUUAUGGAGUACUGCCUAGAAGUUAUCAAAGAAAAUGAUCCCUCUGGGUUUUUACAGAUUUCAGAUGCUUUAAUCAAACGUGUUCAGGUAUCCCAGGAACAGUGGGUCAAAGGAGCCUUGGAGCCAAAAGUGUCUGCUGAGUUUGACCUGACACUGGAUAGUGAACCUUUACUGGAGGCGAUUCACCAUCUGGAUUUUAUUCAGAUGAAAUUGCCACCCGUCCCAUUACUGCAGCUGGAGAAGUGUUGCACCAGAAACAACAGUGUGACAUUGGCCUGGAGGAUGCCACCUUUGAGCCACAACCCGGUGGAGGGUUAUAUCUUGGAACUUGAUGAUGGAGAUGGUGGCCAAUUCCGAGAAGUAUAUGUUGGCAAGGAGACUCUCUGCACUAUCGAUGGCCUUCAUUUCAACAGCACCUAUAAUGCGAGAGUCAAAGCUUUUAACUCAUCAGGAGUUGGUCCUUACAGCAAGACAGUUAUUUUACAGACAUCAGAUGUGGCGUGGUUCACCUUCGACCCCUCCUCAGCUCACAGGGACAUAGUGCUGUCAAACGACAACCAGACCGCCACCUGCAGCAGUUACGAUGACCGGGUUGUUCUUGGCACAGCUGCCUUCUCCAAGGGGGUGCAUUACUGGGAGCUGCACGUGGACCGGUACGACAACCAUCCCGAUCCAGCCUUUGGCAUCGCCAGGAUUAACGUCGUCAAGGACAUGAUGUUAGGCAAGGACGACAAGGCUUGGGCCAUGUACGUUGACAACAACCGCAGCUGGUUCAUGCACUGCAAUUCUCACACCAACCGGACUGAAGGAGGAGUCUCUAAAGGUGCCACUGUUGGUGUCCUCCUGGAUCUGAACAAGCACAACCUGACCUUCUAUAUAAAUGGGCAGCAGCAAGGGCCUCCAGCUUUUGAAAACAUUGAGGGUGUCUUCAUGCCUGCACUGAGCCUCAAUCGAAAUGUCCAGGUGACACUGCACACAGGACUGGAGGUGCCACAAUGUGUAAAGCAGCCAAAGUUGCCCAGCAACUAA